CUCUUGUUCUUCAGUUCAUCACACGCAUAUCAAAUCUCUCGCCGAGUCUUGCAUCUUCGUCGCCUCUCUGCCCAUCUUCAGACGCAUUAUCUGCCUUCCUUCUUCAACCAACACCACUUACAAACCUUCACCAUGCCUCCCAAGACCGCCGCCGCGAAGAAGUCUGGCCACGCCAGCUACCAGGACAUGAUCACUGAUGCCAUUGUCAACCUCAAGGACCGAAAGGGCUCCAGCCGUCAGUCCCUGAAGAAGUAUGUCAAGGCAAACAACACUCUCAAUGUCACGGACAACAUGUUCGACUCGCUCUUCAACAAGGCCCUGAAGGCUGGCGUUGACAAGGGCAUCUUCGAGCAGCCCAAGGGUCCUUCUGGUGGCACCAAGCUCGCCAAGAAGCAGCCCGAGCCCAAGAAGCCUGCCGCUGAGAAGAAGCCUGCUCCCAAGAAGGAGGCUGCUGAGAAGGCUCCCGCCAAGAAGCCCGCCGCCAAGAAGGCCGCUGCCCCCAAGAAGGCUGCCGUUGAGAAGAAGCCUGCUGCCGAGAAGAAGGCUGCCGCUGAAAAGCCCGCUCCCGCAAAGAAGGCUGCUCCUAAGAAGGCUGCCGCCGCUGCCACUGAGAAGAAGGCUCCUGCUGAGAAGAAGGCCGCCGCCCCCAAGAAGGCUGCUGCUCCCAAGAAGGCCGAGAAGGCUGAGAAGGCCGCCGAUGCCCCUCUCACCAAGACCAAGACUGGUCGCGUCACAAAGCCUGCCAAGGCCGCCCCCACAAAGAAGGCUGCCGUGUCGAAGAGAGCAGCAGCGCCCAAGAAGGCUGCUGCCUCCAAGGCAUAGACGCAUGCCUCUGGCACCAUUGAUCUUUGUUAAUGACGGUCAUGGCGUUUACGGUUUUGUUUAUGGUUCGGACAAGGAGAGUAAGGGUACUGGGUUUCUACUGGGUUUUGAACGAGAGCGCGGGUCUGUUGAUUGUUUGAUUGCACGCGUGCACAGAGACACCAUUCAUAUCCUCGGUCGUCUUCGUGCAAGGAGCGAAUGACGCGCUGAAGUGGAAGGUCAUUCUCUCCAACGCGAUUAUGGCACUUGUAUUAUAUCACACAUGACAUGACACAUUUCAUGGCGUGUCGGUUAUGACGGUAACGCGAGAAUCAUGGUCGGUUGGCGCGUUUCGGAGGGGCGGAAAAUCCUGAGGAAGGGCUGCGAAGGAAGUGAUUCGGAAUACCACUGCCUGUUUAUAGUUCAUGAUUUAAAUACGAAGCGACACGUAUAUUUCA